AUGCAAUUAACUUCUUACAUCGGCGAAUACUUAGUCGUUACAGGCAUUUCGAAUAUGAACGGAAAAGCAUGGACACAUAACAGAAACUUCAUUCUGCAUCUUUUUGGAGACCUCGGCUUUGGAAGGCCUUCCAUAGAAGAGCAUAUUAUGGAAGAGCUGCAGGAUCUGGUUCACCAAAUAUCGAACACUGCGGGUUGCCUGAUCAACGUCAGGGAUUAUAUCACAGACAGCGUGGCCAAUGUCACCACUGGCCUCAUGUUUGGAUCCAGAUUUGACAUUGGAGACGCCAAGCGGGUCUACUUAGUGAACCUCAUUGAAAAUGUCGUGCAUGGUUCGGAAUCUGGAUUGAUGGUGGAGAGGAAACCGAAAUGGCUGAGGAGUGCGCUUGCCAAUCUUCCGCUAAAUAGAACAGGAUUGAUGCAAAAAUCUCGGCUCAUGAUACAAGAGAUAGUCAGAGAGAAAAUAACGGAACACAAGAACACACUGAAUCCAGACUUCAAACGCGACUUCAUCGAUGGCUACCUGGAAAAGAUAAGAAAACAUGAUGCUGACCCAACCUCUCCUUUCAACGAAGAAAACCUACUGGGAAAUACCGCGGAAUUUCUUUUGUCCGCCACGGGCCCAUCUUCGACUCGGAUCUUUUGGUGUCUUCACAUCUGUGCCCAAAAUCCCAACUCAGUACAGACCAAGAUCCAGAAGGAAAUUGAUGAUGUCGUCGGACGUCACAGACCACCUACAUGGGAGGACCGCAAACAGAUGCCCUUCACCAUGGCCAGCUUGAAGGAGACAUUGCGGUGGAUGUCACUAGGAUCCAUCGGGUGCUCCAGAGGUUUACUAGAAGACACCUUCAUUGGCGACUACCUUAUUCCAAAAGGCACCAUUGUUUUGUUAAAUUUGAGGGCGGUGCUCAGAAAUCCGGUGCAUUGGAACAAUCCCGAUGAGUUUGAUCCAGCAAGAUUUAUGACUAAUGACAGCACUGAGGUUGGGAAAAACGAGAAUGCUUUUGUACCUUUCGGAGUUGGUAGAAGAAGUUGUCCCGGUCAAAUUUUGGGCAUCGUCGAGAUGUUCCUGUACAUCGCCACACUCCUGCAGAAGUUCAGCGUCUUUCCGGAAUACGGAGACCAGCUCGACAGCAUGGGUUCCCCCGAUGCAACGCCAGAUGAUCUGCCCUUUAAGAGACUGCGUUUUGUCUCGCGAUAA